ACUGGAGCCAUGAGGCGGCCCCCAGGGAAUGGAGAGGCGGCCAACAAGGGUCCAGGUGGCUGGGGCCUAUGGGGAUUCCAGGAGUCCAGGAGGCUGUGUUGUGCUGGUCCUGACGGUUGUGGGAAGGCCUUGCUGCAGAUUGGGAUCAACAUGAUGGCAUUACCUGGGGGCCGCCACCUGGACUCCAUUCCUCUUCCAGGGCAGCGGUUACACCUGAUGCAGGUGGACUCGGUUCAGCGCUGGAUGGAAGACCUCAAGCUCAUGACCGAGUGUGAGUGCAUGUGUGUACUGCAGGCGAAGCCCAUCAGCCUGGAGGAAGAUGCGCAGGGUGACCUCAUCCUGGCGGGCGGUCCCAGCCCCGGAGACCCCCUGCAGCUGCUGCUCAAGCGGGGCUGGGUUAUCAGCACCGAGCUGCGCAGGAUUGGGCAGAAGCUGGCCCAGGACCGCUGGGCGCGGGUACACAGCAUGAGCGUGCGUCUGACGUGCCACGCGCGCUCCAUGGUCAGCGAGUACAGCGCCUUCAGCAGGAGCUCCUCCCAGGAAAUGGGUCAGGUUGAGAAGCUGCUAAUGGAGAAAUGCUCAGAGCUGUCAGCAGUCACAGAGAGGUGCCUGCAGGUUGAGAAUGAGCAUGUCCUGAAGUCAAUGAAGGCCUGCGUGAGUGAGACCCUAAGCACGCUGGGCCAGCACUUUGGUCAGCUGCUGGAGCUGGCCCUGACACGGGAGGUACAGGCACUGGUGAGAAAAAUUGAUUCCUCGGACAAUGUCUACACCACAGAGUCUACCACAGGCAAUCUGUUCAGUCUGACCCAGGAGGGGGCUCCUUUGUGUCGCAUCAUAGCCAAGGAGGGUGGAGUCGUAGCACUCUUCAAGGUCUGCCGACAGGACAAUUUCCGGUGCUUGUAUCCCCAGGCGCUCCGCACCCUGGCCUCUAUCUGCUGCGUGGAAGAGGGUGUCCAUCAGCUGGAGAAGGUGGAUGGUGUUCUGUGCUUGGCCGACAUCCUGACUGACGACAGCCACUCAGAGGCCACGCGGGCUGAGGCUGCAGCUGUUGUGGCCCAAGUCACCUCCCCACAUCUGCCUUUUACCCAACAUCUCAGUAGCUUCCUGGAGAGCAUGGAGGAGAUCGUGACAGCUCUUGUCAAACUGUGCCAAGAGGCCUCGUCUGGGGAAGUCUUCCUACUGGCCUCUGCGGCCCUUGCCAACAUUACCUUCUUUGACACGAUGGCCUGUGAGAUGCUUCUGCAGCUGAAUGCCAUCCGAGUCCUCCUGGAGGCCUGUAGUGACAAACAGAGAGUGGACACGCCCUACACCCGGGACCAGAUUGUGACCAUCUUGGCAAACAUGUCUGUUCUGGAGCAGUGUGCUUCUGACAUUGUUCAGGAGAAUGGAGUCCAGCUCAUCAUGGGCAUGCUAUCAGAGAAGCCAAGGUCUGGGACGCCAGCUGAAGUGGCAGCCUGUGAGAGAGUACAGCAGAAAGCUGCAGUGACCCUGGCCCGUCUUAGCCGUGACCCAGAUGUGGCCCGGGAAGCCGUGCGGCUCAACUGUAUGUCACGUCUCAUCGAGCUCUGCAGAUCCCCAUCAGAGAGGAACAGCAGUGAUGCCGUGCUGGUGGCCUGCCUGGCUGCCCUGCGUCGGUUGGCUGGGGUCUGCCCCGAAGGCCUCCAGGACUCCGACUUCCAGCAGUUGGUCCAGCCCCGACUUGUGGACUCCUUUUUACUCUGCAGCAACAUGGAGGAGAGUUUUGUGUAGCCAGCGUUCCAGAGGAGAGGCAUUCACCCCAUCCUCACGCAGCUCCAAGUACACACCUGCGAACGCACCUGAGUACGUGACAGCUCUCCUCACCUCCUUAUUUAUACCUAAUUUAUUUUUUACAUGAAAUAGACGGAAGGCGAAACCUUCUAGCAACAUCAUCAAACAGUAGGUGGUCCUUGGGAAUUGGUUUUUGUUUUUAUCUUUUGACUUCUGUGGCUUUUAAGUUGCAGAUGUUGAAAUGCACAACAGCUAACGUGACAGAUUGUCAUGGGUGAUUCACUUUAUCUGUUUUCUCUGCUCUCGCUUUAUAAUCUUGCCUGAUUUUUUAAACUUUGGAACCGGAGUAUUUUAACUGCCCAGCAGUUUUGUUUGCUCUUUCUAAACAUUAAAAAUGAAUUUCACAUUUGGGCAGAAUAUACUGGAAAGAAAGUUUUCUUCUUUAAUA